GUGGCCAGGAAGUAAGUUCUGUUAUAUGAACACUCCUGGAAACUUCUGAUCAGAGAGAACUGAACGUGCAAAGUCCCAGUCCAAGACCUAGCCCAAGUGUUUCAUAGACAGUAUCAGAGGAAAUUCCUGCUCCAGCGAUCAACCUAUUCGCCAUCUCUUCCCAAGGCAGGUGGUGAGCUGAGAAUUCUGUGCCUGCUUCCUGAGGACUGCUCCACCCACCAUGCAAUGGCUAAUGAACUUCCGAGUCCUCCGGGGCAUCCUCAAAUCCUUCCAUGGCUUCCACCCUGCCCCUCAGCGCCUGUGCAGCCGGUUUUUAUCAGGACCUGGAGCCCCCAGCUGGAAUGACUACGUUAGACCCAAGGAAUUUAAUUUUGCAAGUUAUGUAUUAGAUUACUGGGCUCAAAUGGAGAUGGAGGGCAAGAGAGGUCCCAACCCAGCCCUGUGGUGGGUGAAUAAUCAAGGGGAUGAACUGAAGUGGAGCUUCAGAGAGAUGACAGACUUAACCCGUCGUACGGCCAACGUCUUGACACAGACCUGUGGUCUGCAGGAGGGAGACUAUCUAGCCUUGAUUCUACCUCGAGUGCCCGAGUGGUGGCUGGUGGCCGUAGGCUGCAUCCGAACAGGGAUCAUCUUCAUGCCAGGGACCACCCAGAUGAAGGCCAAAGAUAUUGUCUACCGACUACAAGCCUCUAAAGCUAAGGGCAUCGUGACCACGGAUACGCUUGCUCCAGUGGUGGAUUCUCUGGCCUCUGAGUAUCCUGGUCUGAAAACCAAGCUCCUGGUGUCCGACCAGAGCUGUAAAGGGUGGCUGGACUUCCGAUCAUUGAUUAAAUCAGCAUCUCCAGAUCACGUUUGUAUUAAGUCAAAGACCCUGGACCCAAUGGCUGUCUUCUUCACCAGUGGGACCUCAGGCCUCCCCAAGAUGACAAAACACAGCCAUGGACUUGCUUUACGAUCCUUCUUACCUUCCUGCAGGCAAUUUCUGAAGCUGAAGACGUCUGAUGUCUUCUGGUGCCCGACAGACACAGGCUGGAUUAUGUCUAUGCUGGGGUCUCUGCUUGAACCAUGGACAGCAGGGUCUACAGUCUUUGUCCAUCAUCUGAGCCCGUUUGACCCCAAGAACAUGAUACAGACAUUUUUCAAAUACCCCAUUACCUACUGCCUUGCUGCACCCUCUGUGUUUCGAAUGAUUCUGCAGCAGAAUCCCACCAGCCUCAGGUUCCCCACCCUGGAGCACUGUUGCGCUGGGGGAGAGGCCCUGCUGCCCGAGGAACAAGAACAGUGGAGGAAACAGACAGGGAUUCUGCUCUACCAGGCCUACGGACAGUCAGAAACGGGAGUAACUUGUGGCAUUUUCCGGGGGAUGAAGAUCAAGCCAGGUUCCAUGGGGAAGGCCAUCCCACCCUUCGACAUUCAGAUCAUUGAUGACAAGGGUAACAUCCUGCCACCUGACACCGAAGGCAACCUUGGCAUCAGGAUCAAGCCCGUCAAGCCCUUGGGCCUCUUCAUGUGCUAUGAGAAUGACCCAGUGAAGACAGAGGAAGUGGAGUGUGGGGACUUUUACAACACUGGGGACAGAGCAACUGUUGAUACAGAGGGCUACUUCUUUUUCCUGGGGAGGGCGGAUGAUAUCAUCAACGCAUCCGGGUACCGUAUCGGGCCAUCGGAAGUGGAGAAUGCCCUGGCGGAGCACCCAGCGGUGGCUGAGUCCGCUGUGGUGAGCAGCCCGGACCCGAUUCGAGGGGAGGUAGUGAAGGCAUUUAUUGUCUUGACCCCGAAAUUCCUGUCCCAUGAUCGAGACCAGCUCACCAAGGAGUUGCAGCAGCACGUGAAGUCAGUCACAGCCCCGUACAAGUACCCCAGGAAGGUGGAGUUUGUCCCAGUGCUGCCUAAAACCAUUACUGGCAAGAUUAAAAGAAGUGAACUUCGGAAGAAGGAGUUUGGUCAGAUGUAAUUGGCAAUUAACUCAGAAGCCACUGUGUGAUUUUGGCCAAGUCCCUGGCUGCUUCAAUUUCCCCACGAUGGUGACAGUGAGGAUAGAGAGUUGACUUGUAAGAGAAUUAGGAGUGCCAACCUUCAAGCAUUCCUGUUCUUUUAAAUUAAUGUCAGUCACUACCCUUCACCUAAGUCCCCUGUUCCUUUCAGAUCGCCCAAGUGAGUGCUCACAUUGUGGCUGGAGGCAAUAAAAUACUGACAUUGCAUCAA